UUGUGCGCGUCUCCGCCUCCGCGCUCCACAGACUCACUGCCGACAGCAGCCGAGCGCACAGGCCGCCGUGAAACCUCCCGAGGCCGGAUGGUAAAAUCCAACCUCCAGCGCAUCCUAAACAGUCAUUGCUUUGCCCGCGAAAAAGAAGGAAAGAAACAGUGCGAGAGCAGCAUCAUGGAGGCGCUCAGUUCCAGUAUUACCGACAGGAUGGCGAGUCUGACUGUAUGUUGUAGUAGUACCACUGGUCCAGGGCCUCUGUGGUGCUCCUGAUGCCCCUCACCCACCUCUGAAGAUCCCAGGUGGGCGAGGGAACGGAGCACGGGAUCACCCAUCCACAACACAGACGCUGUACUCCGACAGGAAGUUGACUGUGACAGAAGAGCCUGCUGGUCCCGGUCGUCCGCAGAUCCUGCAUUUCCAGAGUCGUCCCGCAGCGGCGCGGCUUAUCCAGUGGGAGGCAGUGCUGAGAGGAGAUGGCCUGUUUGUGGAGAUUCCCUGCGAACCCUUUCCAGACGGCAGCAAGGAGAGCUUCAUCUCUCUGCUGGAGUUUGCUGAAGAGCAUCUGAAGGUGGUCAGUGUGUUUGUCUGCUUCUACAAGAACAGGGAGGAUCGUGUAAAACUGGUGCGGACGUUCAGCUUUCUGGGCUUUGAGAUGGUGAAACCGGGUCAUGCUCUGGUCCCUGCUCGACCUGACGUCCUCUUCAUGGCCUACAACUUUGACAGGGAUUCCUCGGAUGAAGAUUAGUUUCCACAAGACGCUUGUUUGCAUCAUAAUCAUCGUUAUUAUUGAUUAUUAUUAUUAUAGAUCUCGCUGACAGACUCCCUCUGUAGACGGAGACUGUGAGCGAGUAUAAGUGUGUGUGUGUGUGUGUGUGUGUGUGUGUUGUUGAAAUGUUCACACACAGGUCAUUGCUCUGCAUUGUUUGGGUACGGAAGCUCCUCAGUUGAUGAUUGUUGUUAUUAUGGUCUGUUUCUUCAUCGUUAUGGUCAGUUUGUGUUUAGUUUUACCUCAGAAUCUGCUUUCUAGUUUUAUUGAGCGUCACUGUUGGAGUUAAUCAGAGGAACACCACAUUGAUUUGAUUGGUCCGUUGAUUGAUUGAUUUGUUCGGUCAGUUGAUUGGACACUUAAUUGAUUGGUCAGUCGAUUGAUUGAUUUAUUUUACAGAUUCAUUGAUUGAUUGGUCGGUCAGUCAAUUGACUUAAGUUGAUUGAAUGAUCGAUCCAUCAAUUGAUUGCUUGAUUUGAUAUUGGUCUGUCGAUUGACUGAUUUGGUUUUUCUAUUGAUCAAUUGGUUGAUUGAUUUGGUCAGUCGAAUGAUUGAAUGUUCGGUCUAUUGACUAUUUGAUUGAUUGGUCAGUUGAUUGAUUGAUUGACUGAUCGGUCAGUCAGUUGGUAAAUUGACUGGUUGAUUGAUUGAUUGAUUGACUGGUCAGUUUAUUGACUGGUCUCAGUCGAUUGAUUGGUUGAUUGAUUGAUUGGUCAGUCGAUUGAUUGACUGGUUGUUCAGUUGAUUGGUUGAUCGAUCGAUUAGUUGAUUGAUUGAUUAAUUGACUGGUCAGUCAAUUGUUUGAUUGAUUGGUUGGUCAGUCUAUUGGUUGAUUGACUGGUCCGUCAAUUGAUUGGUUGAUCGUUUGGUCAGUCGAUUGAUUGAUUGGUUGAUCAAUUGGUUAGUCGAUUGAUUGAUUGACUGGUCGGUUGAUUGAUUGAUUGAUUGACAGGUCGGUCGAUUGACUGGUCUGUCAGUCUAUUGGUUGAUUGAUUUGGUCUGUCGAUCGAUUGGUCAGUCGAUUGAUUGGUCGGUGAGUCAAUUGAUUGAUUGGUCAGUCGAUUGAUUGAUUUGAUUGGUCGGUUGAUUGAUUUUGGUCGGUCGAUUGAUUCUCAGAUUGUGAUUUCCUGGUACACACCCCUGAAGGGAAGCUAAAUGAACACACCCAAAGCUCUUCUGCGUCUCUGUGCUGUUAUUUUGUAUAUCAGAAUGGAUUCAGACUUCUGUUGUGUUUGUGCUGUUACUGCGUUCACUCCCUCUCCAUCUUUUAUUUUGGACACAUUUAUCCUCUAUAGUGGUACACCUUUGCUUCUGUCAUAAUAAAACCAUUAUUUAAAGACACA